UCGGCAGCGGCGGAGGAGGAGAAGGAGGGCGGGGCAGUAGAGGGGUUGGAAACGCCAGUUCGGGCAUCGCCGCUAGGCAGGUAUUUUUUCCCCUCCAUCCGACAAUGUCUUCCCCGGAAAUCGCUUCCCUCUCUUGGGGCCGGAUGACGGUGAAAGGCUGUUCCACGGCGUACAAGGACUGUAAAGUGUGGCCGGGAGGCAGCCGGACGUGGGAUUGGAGAGAAACAGGCACAGACCAUUUCCCUGGCGUGCAGCCGGCCGACGUUGAAGAAGUCGUUCAGAAGGGCGCGAAAACCUUAGUGAUCGGCCGCGGCAUGAGUGAAGCCCUGCAGGUGCCAUCCUCCACCGUGGACUAUCUCAAGAAACACGGGAUCGACGUACGAGUCCUGCAGACGGAGGCGGCCGUGAAGGAGUACAACGCUCUGGCCCUGCAAGGGGUUAAAGUGGGCGGCGUCUUCCAUUCCACCUGUUAGAGCGAGAGGGACCGCCCCACUUCCCACCGUCUUGUGCCUUUGGCUGAAUUAAAGAGACCCCCACUGGGGGUAGCGCAACAGUUUCUCGG